CCAGAUGAGUGAUAUAGAGUCCCCAGAUGUUUCGGACGACAACCUCAUCCCUGAGUUGUGUUUGUCGGGAGAGGACCAUGGAGAAGACACCCCUGAAGAACUUGAACCCGAAAUGGAAAGCUGGAAAGGUUACAUUUUCAUCAUAUUUUAAUCAUAUUUCCUGGGAGGGAAAUAUGGGACCUGGUUAAUGGGGUGCAAGUGGUGGGAUCCUUAGGUGAUAGUGACCAUGUUCUCCUGGAGUGUGUUAUACGGUGGAAAGGAGAAGCCAGGCAUAGUCAUGGUCAAAAAUCCCUGAAUGUUGAUUCUAAGGCAUUAAGUAUGGUUGACAUGCGUUGAGCAUUUGGAUUAAUAAAGCAACCUUACCUUUUGCACAUCUUCAGAUUUGUCUCCGGUUUCCUUUGUUAACCUCCAAACAAAGAUGCUUUGCUAAAGCAGUGAACUUUGGGAUCAUCCCAUUCCUAGAGCAACUGUUUAUUUUCUUUCAGCAUCUUCUGGGAAUUGGGAAAGCUCUAUUCAGUCGGACAUUUAUUUGGUCAUUGUUAAAGGAUGCUAGUGGAAACGGGAGGAGAGUCUGAGAUGUUCCUGCAGAUGCUGCAUGCUCUUUCGGUCAGGAAUGCAGCAAUUUCAGAUCCUGGAUCAAGAUGUGGUUCCAUCAGGACUCAGGUUUGAAGAAGACUACAGGGAGGAGGUCCACACAGGCAGCAAAGACGCUUCAGAAGGAAUGGAAGAAGAACUGGAGUCUAGUGGGGAAAGCUUGGAACGGCCCAUUAGUCAGAGCACCAAAAAGAACAUGAGCUACGCGGACCGAGUUCGCAUCCUGAAUGUACGCAGGAACCUCAAUCAGCUUGAUAAUAUAGCCAAAGAGAAGGAGAUGGCGAUUCAAAAAACCAGGGAGGAACUGGAUGCCUGUCAUUCCCGAAUCGAGAUGCUAACAACGCAACAAAGAGACGUGGAGAGAGCAAUUGAGAUCGAAAAGGAGUCUGGCAAUACGGCCGCUGUGUACCGCCUGCAGGCAAUGCAUCGGCGCUUGUGUGGCGAACUGGGAAAUGAAAAGGACCUAGAGUCAAAAAUCGCUGCGACGGUGAACGAAAACGCGCUGGAGAUGUGGAAGAUAGAAAUCGAACAAGGCAAUUUUUCGGAGCUUCGCAAGCAGAUCAAAUGGGAGGAAGAAGAGCUUGAUCGGCACCACCAAGAGCAAGCGGAAGAGCGGCUGCAGAAGCAGGAGCACCGAAACCGGCUGCUCAGGCGCAGGUGGAAAGCCACAGAGAGAAAAAUAAAGGAAGCUAAGGAGGAGUAUGACCAAAAGUUUCCCAAAGCUUUGGAAGAUGCUCAGAAGCAUCACGAAAAGGCAGUCAAGUUUCUGAAGAAGAGUCUAGAAAGGGUCCGCGAGAAGAAAGCAAGCGAGGACCGAGAGUACGAAGCAUACACGCAAGGGAGGAUGGACACUGUGCUCUCCUUGAAACAAAACAUCAAUUCUCAUCGGGAACAUCUCCGAAUUCUCCAGGCCCUGGACAAAGUCAACGAGCUCGGGACACAAGCACAAGAGAAGAAGGUGAUGGAGGCCAUCCAGGCGCAAGGACACAACGUCGCCCGUGAGGUCUUCCUCCAUAAACGACAGGUUGAGUUUGAGCAGAAGAAGAAAGAAUUUAUGGAGCAGCAGAAAGCGAGGAAGAUUGAAAUUGUCGCUCGGAUUUUGAAAGAAGAAGCUCAGCAGGAGAAAGUGAAAAAACAAUCCCAACCAGGUGUUCCAUGCAAGAAAAAGCUUUCGGAUGCCGAAAGGUGGCGCUUGAAAACAUGGCAGUACAUAAAAGAGACAUGUGAUGAUUCAGGGUCAGCUCUUACUCAGAAAUCCUUGUACCCCAUUUCGCCUCGUGCCUCACUUGGCGAGAGAAGCUCCAUUUUGGAAGCAUCCGAAGAGACGGUCCCAGAAAGCAAAGGCAGGGAAAAGGAUGAAGACCAGAACAAGACUCUUGCUGAGCCAGAGUUUACGGGGAUCUGGAAUCAAGAGUGCAACAUAUCCAAGGUCACAGAUGACAGAAUCGACUUGAAACCUCUCGAUGCGGCUGAACUGGAAAAGGAGAUUUUCCCUCCCGAUGUGGAGAAGCUGCACAGUGGACUCAUCCGCAAACAUCGGGUCUGCGGACGGGAAUUUAAGGGAUGCCCUUUCUAUAGCAAGCCAAGCCUCAUUCAUUUCAAGGACUUUGACAUCGGUAAGACGUAUAAAAAGAAGAUGGUUUUGAUCAAUGCUUUUUAUGGCAUUAACUUCUGCAAGUUAGUUGGAGUCAGUGAACACCUGAAGGAUUUUUUCACCGUUCACCUUGAUCCGCCUGGACCAAUGUCCGCUGGAAUGUCUUGCGAAGUUGUGGUGACCUUUAAACCUCUGAUCAAUGAAGAUCUUGAAGGAGAGGUGACGUUUUUAUCUCAGAUUGGUCCCUUUUCAACCCCACUAAAAUGUUCAACUAAGAAGUGUGUGCUGGCACUAGAUAAAGCGCUCAUUGACUUUGGCACGCAUGUGGUGGGAGAGACAAUUUCACGCACCGUCACCUUGACGAACCGUGGCGCCUUGGGAACACGAUUCCAAGUUGGCAAAUCAACAGGCGCUGAUGCCGCGCACGCCGUGACGGUAUCACCUUCUGCCGAGGGAAUGGUUAAUUUGUUCGAAAGGACUGACAGUGAAAAAGGCAGCAACUAUAGCCUGGCUGAUUCCGUCACGGACAAAGAAACGGUUUCCAUUUGCCAUUCGGAUGAGGUUAUCCAGCAGGCUGCUUCACCCGAGAAGCGGCCCGAAUUGAUGCCAACCAACAGCAAUUCUGAUCAAUUUCAGCAAAUAAAUUCUGAUGUGAGUAUAGCUGGAGAAAAGUCAGUAAGCUCUCUGGACGUGAUGCCUCUGGUACACCAGUCAAGGGAAGAAACACCUGAAAUUACACUGGGCAAGAUUAUAGAAGGUGAUAUUGGACCUUUUAGUUCCAUCAAACUUCAGAUCAUUUUCACCCCAGCGGUUCCUGGAGACGUAAAGGCCGAUUUUCAAAUUACUUUUGACAACCCAGACUGCAAACUGUUGCACUUCAGUGUCGUCGCCGUUUCUGUGGCUGUGCCAGUGUGGGUGCGCAAUCCGGAUGUCGACCUCAAAAUCUGCAUGUACGACAUGCUCUACCAGGACUGCAUCGUCAUUCAAAGCAGAGCCACAAGUGCCCUGCGCUUGAAGUUUGACGUUUGCAAGGAACUGGCCAACCACAUGGAGCUGCUUCCAAAAACAGGCUAUAUUCAGGCCCAGUCGUCAUUCAGCGUGCAGCUGAAGUUUCUGCCAAGGCACUCCCUUCCAGAAGAUGCAGCCAAGUACUUUGAUGAAAAAACAAGAGUCCUGCAAGUCCCAAUGACAAUAAUAGUUUCAGAUCAGAGUAGGCCAGUUGAAUUUACUGUCCAUGCAGUUGUCACCACCUCAGAUUUGGAGAUCAACCCAACAGAAGUAGACUUUGGAUACUGUUCUAUCUAUGAAGCUGUCCAGACGACAAUCACACUCACAAACAAAUCCAUCCUUCCCCAGGAGUUUGGCUUUGUAGGACUCCAGGAGUUCAUAGAAGUUCAGCCCAACGAUGGAUUUGGAAUACUCCUUCCUCUUGAAACCUUGAGCCUGGAUGUACUCUUCAAACCCAAGAAGGCAAAAGAAUACAGCUUUCAUCUGACAUGCAAGACUGAGAUCAAUAGGAAAUUCAAGCUGUCUUGCAAAGGAAUUGGAGUCCACCCUCCUCUGGAGCUCUCUCAUUCUUUGGUUCAGUUUUCCGCAACAGCUCUGAAUGAUGUGUCAACUGCAACCCUCUUUAUUCUAAAUUCGCACGUCCGACUCAGUCGAUUCAAUCACUUUGGUCCGAGAAUUGGCGAUGGAGAAGUGGCCCCCGUUGGGCCAACUUCCUUCCAGUUCCUUGUCCCCGAAGACUCUCCCAUAACAAUCAUGCCAUGUGUCGGCACUGUUCUGCCUGGAAAGAAGUGCUUGCUCGAAGUUUCCUUCCGCCCGGUAUUAUGCGAUCAGCUCAUCAAACAGGAGGCCGUUCACUUGCUUUGCCAGGCAGCCGAAGCCAAAGCCCAGAUGGAGAGGAAAGCUCGGGAGCUAGAACUGCAGAGAAAGAAAGAAGAGGCAAUGGUAGGAAAGAAAGAUGGGAAGAGGAUGGCCAGCAUCUCCUUCCUUGGUCAGCUGUCAAAGGACAAAAACUCUACCAAGCCAUUUGAACCACCAAACCCAGAGGACAUAUGUCCAAAUUCCGAAGAGUAUAUCGCCGCUCAUUUAUCCCUGGUUCGGAGCUUCAACGACCGAUUUGACAGAUACGUCAUACCAUGCCUUGUUGCAAGCGGAGUUAUCGACGAGAAGAAAGGAGCCGAAAAUCUGAGUUUCAGCCCUUAUAACAACCUGUAUUUAGAGCUGCACUGUCCUUCAGUGGCACCGGCUGUAGUCGUCACUUCAAAUAACGGAAGAACUUUCUUCAACUUUGGGGACGUCGCCGUAGGGCACAGGAUUAAGGAAAAUGUCAAGAUACAGAACAUAUCCCAAGAGCAAUUAGUCCUGCAAUAUUCCCUCCUGGAUCCCUUUGGGCCGUUCCUCUUGGCAAAUCCCAUCCGUAUGCUUGAAGAUGGAGAAUCUCGCGAUCUUGUCCUCACAUUCAGCCCCGAGGAAAACAAGUCUUUUUUUGAAACACUGGAACUCCGGAGUGAGAAAGCGACCCUAACCCUGAUCUUGACUGGCCGCGGAGUCAUCACCUCGAUUGCUUGCUCAGUGGAAGGAGACGUGUUUGACAUGGGAUAUGUGCUUGCCAAAGAAACAGCCACUGCAACCUUCAAGAUAGAGAACACUUCAACUCUGCCCUUGAAAUACACCAUCGUCUUGGAAUCUCUCUCCCCAAACAGAGACAGGGACCUUCAGGAGCUUCCCCCUUUCCUUGGAUCUCAAGGCAAAACAGACUUAGUUGGUACGCAAAACUACAGUGGCUUGAGUGUGUUCACCGUCUCCCCUGUGGAAGGCAUCAUUGCACUUGGAAAGUUUCAGGAGUUUACGGUCACCUUCAGCCCUGAUCACGAAAGCCUGCAUUACUCCGACUGCAUCCAGGUCCUCCUGUUUGACAAGGAAGUCAUCCGUGUGAUCCAACUGAAAGGGGCAGCCAGGAACCAUAUCAUGUAUGUGGAAGGAGGUGAACCGUUGGAUGUGCCAAUAGAGUCGCUGGCUGUGACAACAUCUGUGGCAGAAGAAACUGCCAAAGCAGAAAGUGACAAAGCCACAAAUUCUAUCCUGGUCAGCCUGGCAUCUGUUCAGUCGGAGACGUUUGUCAUCCCAGCCGUCAGGGAGCUGAAAGUUGGGGCAAUCCGAACCACCCAGUUUGCUUCCAAAAAGAACGUAGAGUUCGCCUGGGAAAGCUUACCACUCCUUCAGCUGAAAGGAUUCACCGUCGACCCUGUGAAAGGAACCGUGGAGCGAGGACAGACCAAGUCGAUCAGCGUUUCGUGGGUUCCACCUGCUGGCUCAGAUCCCAAUCAGCCUGUGACAGGAUCAGCCAUACUGACCGUGAAAGGCGACGUUAAGGAAAUCUACAGCGUCUACUUCAUGGGUAGGAUUGUGACCCAAGAGCUCCCACCGAGCUGAAACUACAUAGCAAGAAACAUGAAGGAAGAUUCAUUGCCAUCACUCUCUGAAAACAUCUGGAAUUGAAGCCAGGGCUAUGGAACGGUUUGCCAAAAUCAAGAAACAACAACCAAACAGCUUUUGGACAGAUCACAUAUAUAUAGAUGUCACAAUGACUUUUCCCAAAACAACUGAAAGUGGGGAGAUCUUUAUCAUCUUUGAUUUAAAAGUACUGCAGCAAGGAAGGUUGCUCAGGCUAAGACCCAUUUCAGAUUUCAAGGCAGAUGGCACCUGAGAGUCUUUAACCCUUGACUUUAAUGGCAAACUACAUGCGAUGUAGGACGGACUUUUUUAUUCUUUGUUAACUAAUGCAGCCGUGGGGAUCUACGUUUUUAAAAUAGGUUUUGACACAUUUCAGAAUGACAAAUGUUUAGAAACCCAAGCCUACCUUAUUCUAAGUAACCCAGUAGCGCAUUGCAAAUUUUAGUCAGGGUCAAUGGUGCAUACCCAAUGUUUGCCAUAAAGUGAUGGGAAAAUAGGGACAUCUGUAAAUAAACUGUAUUUUACC